CGCAUAGCCGUCUAUUUAGUGUUUGGCACCGCCACGGUACAAGAGGCAUGGCUGACAAAGAAGAAGUAAUUCAGCGACACAAGCUAGAAAAGAAAGAAUUAUUAGCUGAGUGCCAACGGCUAAAGCAUGGUGUGCCUAAAGGAGACAAAAAACGUAAAAAGGAGAUAGGAGAAAAGAUUGCUCAAAUGGAAGCAGAACUCGAUGCAAAACACCAGCAAGAGUUGCUGGCCUUAAAUGCCAAUGCUACAAAUACCACUGAGACCUCGGUGGAGGAAGUAACAGAUGCUUUUCUAACCCUGGAUGCUAGUGAGUUAGAAAUCAAAGAUGAGGUGGAGAUGGUCAAGCAGCAAAAGAAACCAAGCAAAGCACAAAAACGCAGGGAGAAGAAAAGCAUGCAGCAACGAGAGAGAGAGGAGCGGGUUAAAGAGGCGGAACUGACAAACCUGCAGGGCCCUCGUCAUCAAGAGAUGCUGACAUUGUCCACUAUGCUAGCUCAACGAGGCCUCCAGGUGCACCAGAUAGCCUCUGAUGGCAACUGUUUAUACAAUGCUGUUUGCCACCAGUUACUCCAAAGGGGUAUAGAAGAGAGUAAUGAAACCUUGAGGAACAAGACAGCACUGCUGAUGAGGACAAAAAAAGAAGAGUUCAUGCCAUUCUUAACCAAUGCAAAAACAGGAAAUCCCUUUACACCAGAAGAAUUUGAUCGUUACUGUGAUGACAUUUCUGGCUCACCUGCCUGGGGUGGUCACCUAGAGCUUCGUGCAUUAUCUGAAGCGCUAGAGAUUCCCUUGGAAGUUAUGCAGGCUGAAGGAACUACUAUUCAGCUGGGGGAAGAGUACAAAGAUGCUCCCAUCAUCCUUGUGUAUCAGCGCCACACAUACAGCCUUGGGGAACACUAUAACUCUGUUGUGGCGCUGACUCCAGUGGAAGGGGAGGAGGAAGAGGUCGCACAGGUGGUGAGGUGACAAGAUGCACAGAUUGACAAAGACAGCUGACCACCCCAUGGCUCAUCACUUCGAUAGUCCACCUCCACCCAGCUAGUCACUCAGAUAGCAUAUGGACUUCUGCUCACCUUAUCACUCAGAAGAUAGCAUGGAGACCUCCACAGAUUUUGUAAUAUGGACAGGAAGUAGUAGAAAUCUCAAUAAGGCUGAGCUUUCCAUGUUAAGUGUUAGAGACAAAUGUUAUUCACAGCAUGCUACUGUCACAACAUGCUUGCUCCCUCCUCUUUUUUUAAGGUAGCUAUUCUAAUGCAUCCUGUUUUCAUUCUUGUAUCACUUCUCUACUUCCAGCACCAGCUUUCAGGGUCAAGACUUUUUUUUUUUUUUUUAAGAUAAAGUAAUGUCCCAUUUUCAGCAACCAGGAUGUUUUACAAAGAAAUCUUGACAUCAAAUA